AUGAAAUUCCUCGCCACCUCGGUGCUGCUCUCCCUCACGCUCGGUCUCGCCGCUGGGUACGAAAAGUGGCCUGCCGCGCCCUUCUUCGCCAUCAAGACCGAUAUCGGCUCGGUAAAGUGGUAUCCAGAGGCUCGUCUCUUCUGUUUUGCUUACGGGCCGUGCGACAAUGGCUGUGCGCCUCCGGACGGAUUCCGGAUCACCUACAACGGCAAGCCCAUCGCCGUGUCCACGGUCGCCGACAUUCCCGAAAAUUGUGUCGACGCGCAGAGCGACCCGGGCAUUUCGACGUCGCACCCGACCAAGGGCCUUAAACUCGAGGUCCCCAACUUUCAACAGAGGGACAUCUCGGAUCACUGGACCUACAGCCCCAACUGA